AUGUCAAGCCACUCCACGUGGCCCGAGCGCCUCUUUUCGCUUCCCGUCUUCUUCCGCGCCUCGCACACCACCUCACCUCGACCGCACUUUGAUCAUUCCUUCAUCCUUUCUGCAUCAGAAUUUUCACCUGCUAAUCGCCAUCUCAAUGACUCACGCAUCAGCAACAGGUUGGGCGUGGAUGAGGCUCCACGCACACCUCGCCUUUGGAUUACUGUUAGCGGUCGGGCGGCGAUGACGCCUGGAGCCUCAAAGGGCCCUGGACCCUCCGAUCAGACUUGUUGGGAAUUGAGAUGGACGGAUGUUUUUCGCACAAAUUGGGCCUCUGCGACGGUCUCUGCGGCGUCCAUUUUGGAGUCGUGCUUCGCGCUGUCUCUGCUUCGACCAGCAGGCGAUGACAAUUCCGGUUUCCGACUAACUGGAAGCGUCUCCAUAUGCACGAUACUCGACGUCGAGAUCACAGUCACUUUGGCCUCGGACCCAGACUAUAUCAACGCACCUUCGGACCUAAAGUGGGCCCUGGGCGAGUCCUUCUCGAAGCGUGCGACAGAAGUCCCUGUUGGCCCACUCUUCCGACAUACCAAGACCAUGCUGAAAGAGCUCUAA